AUGCGCCUUCAUUAUCUGUCAAAUAAACCGUGGCAAAAGUGGACAAAGGUUUCGAGUCGCAAUUUCAUUUAUUUACGCAAAAUGUCUGCAAAUUCUCCGCCUGGAAAGAGUGAUGGGGAUGACCCUGUGGAUCAGUGUGUGCCGAGCGUCCCGCCAAAUCCUGUGGAGAGCUUAGGAGCUCGUAUUAGGGACUUGGAUGUUGAUUCCAUUCGUCGGUAUUUGGCACAGAAACUCGGAUUUUACGAGCCGCCAGAAACAAGCGCGCCUGUUGAUCAGGUCUUGGAUGAAGUCAACUUAGACGGCAUUGUGAAAUGGAUUAAAAGUGAACGAUGCAAAAAUAUAAUCACUCUGGCCGGGGCGGGUAUUUCAACAUCGGCAGGCAUCCCGGACUUCCGUAGCCCAGAAACGGGUCUCUACCACAACCUUCAAAAGUAUGAUCUACCAGAACCACAGGCUAUAUUUGAGAUAAAUUUCUUCAGACAGAAUCCCAAGCCAUUCUUUAUGCUAGCCAAGGAAUUGUAUCCCGGAAGCUUCAAACCUACAAUCUCACAUUAUUUCAUAAGGCUUUUACAUGAAAAAGGUCUAUUACUUCGCCACUACACCCAAAACAUAGACACUUUGGAGCGAGGAGCUGGCAUUCCUGAGGAGAAACUAGUGGAGGCUCACGGCACCUUCUAUACUUCACACUGUCUCGACUGCCGCAAGGAAUAUAAUCUUGAAUAUGUCAAAGAGCGUAUAUUUGCGGAUCAAAUCCCAAUCUGCACGGAUUGCCCAGGUGUCGUGAAGCCAGAUAUAGUGUUCUUUGGAGAGAGCCUGCCUGACCGGUUCCAACGGUGUCUGCAAGAAGACUUCCAGCAAUGUGACAUGCUCAUCAUCAUGGGUUCCUCGCUUGAAGUCCAGCCUUUUGCCUCACUUAUUGAUAUGGUUCCGGACUGGUGUCCCCGACUGCUGAUAAACCGUGAGAAGGCAGGAGUGAGGUCUCCGUUGUUGCGUCUGUGGGGAGUGAUGAGUGGAGGCCUGCAGUUAGAUGAGGAUGCUGUACGAGAUGUAGCCCGCCUUGGAGACUGUGAUGAUGGAUGCCAGGAUCUCGCUGAUAGACUCGGAUGGGGGGAUGAGCUUCGCGCGUUAGUAGCGAGCGAGCACGCGCGUUUGGAUCUCGCUAAUGCCUUGUCUACGCCCCAUGCGUCGUGCGUGCCACCUACCCCGGCACCCCUGCUCACACCGCCAGCAGACCCCAAACUAUGA